AUGAAAACUUACCCUAUGAAUACUUACGCUUGGGAACCAAUCUUCUCUCCGCUCGAUGCCGACAACUUGGAGCGCAGUGGCCUGCUUGGACCCGUCGACAUCACUGGAAAGCGAAAAUGCCACAAGCGUCGUCUCAAUCGUCUCAGUGAUGAAGAGCACAAGGACAUUCCCCUUGAUGUAGGUAUAGGCUCCCCUGGUGAAGCCGACGCCUUUGCCACGAUACCAGACGCCAUCAUUUCACGAGAAUCAUUGAAUUAUCUGGGUCUCUCUACACACAUGGCCGAUGUGAUCUGGAACACAUGGAUUAACUGGCCCCCGUAUGGAUUUGGUCGUGAAGUUGACACCAGCACCGGUCUUUACGUCACCUUUAUUGACUACAUCAUCCUUGCCCACGUGCAGAAGGCGAAGGACGUCCAUGAAGACGACGAUUUCAAGUGGCGCCAGUGCAUCAACGAAUGCGGCAUGAACACUUCCGUACAGGAUGCCAUCAUGGAUGUAAACUUUAAGCAAAUUCGCAUGACUCAAUCAUGCGUCGGUUGGGUUACAGAUACUGUUCAGAUGCGGUACGCUGGCCUUAAAGAAAUUCAACGAGCCUCUUGUGAGCGAGAGAUGCAACUUGAGCGGGAGCGCUCAGGUCAGCGCGGUACCAGCAGCAAUAUGGGAAGUCAUCUAGGUGAGAGUAGUCAGCGUUGUGGCAGCUCAUCCCAAGGGGGUGGAAGCAUUCGCUGCGAUUCAUGGGACCCGGAUAUUUUCAAGGGAGCACAAGAUGAUCCGGAAACCCUUGUUCUAUUCAAAGCCAUUGAUCUUGGGCGUGCCGGCAAGUUGGUGAACGCGGAUGGGACAAUUGAGAUGGAGAGGAUCAUGUUUCUUCUCUCCAAGCCGCCAUCCGACUUCAGCAGCACCAGAGCAAUGAACUACUUCACGCCUGACAUGGACGUGGCCGAAUUCUUCGCAGCAUAUGCUAAGCGUCGUGCCGGCCGCGAGGCUGUUGUCAUGAUCACUGUCCACAUUCCGAAAAAGGUCAUCCUCGACAUGAAGGAGCCCGAUGUUUUCCGUCUGCACUAUCCAACGCCAGAGUGGAAGCAGCUUGUCUGGCACAGCAAGAGCGGCACAAUACUGCGCAAACCGCUGAGCAGGUGUCAGGAGGAAUCCAUUCUUAUCAUCGGUACUAUUUCUACAGGGGCGAGCCGCAUGUACGACGACAUGAAGUCUUGGGAGGAAAUUGAUGAGCAUUGCCUGCUUCGAGUUGGACAAGGGGGCAAGAAUAUAUCAGAACAAUACUGCUUUACAAAAGCAGAGGAAGGAAUAGAGUUCCUCGAGGAACAUGGCCAGUUUACUGUUUUUUGUUACUCGGAGAAGGAGAUAGGUUCUUUAAUACGCCGCUGUAAUUAA